CCGCUUUGCCUGGAUGUUCCGGUUUUAGGACCCAAGCAUCCCGGGCCUCCAGCCCUUUGCAGUGACCCUUUGCUCCGCCCCCUGUCCCACUUCUUGGGCAUCUCCGUCUAGAUUAGACCUGGGAAGCUGGAGGAGGUCUUCCGACGUUUCACACCGCCUUUUUUAUGUUAGGGUGAAGACACCCUCCACAGCACCUUCCGGACAUGCCUGUCCUUGUAACGUAAACACUUCAAUGGGAGCCUUCCUUUUUAAAGGUAGCCUCAUGGUGUACCAUCUGUUUGCUUCACUCAAGGGAAGGAUGAAAGCUCUACAUAGGAACAUGAUGUGAUGGAUGAGACCUGUCAUUGUGAGUCUUCUGGCUUUUGAUUAGUCAUCUGAUGUCUUCCCCAGUGUAACAUGACUCUGAGAUGAUAAUUUCAGUGGUUGAGAUCAAGUAUUCCGUCACUCUGAACAGACACUGAAAAGAGCUCUCAUCUCCAAGAACCCAGCGCUUGUGUCACAGUAUGAGAAAUUAGAUGCUAGGGAACAGCAAUUAAUGAAGGAAGCCUUCCAGCCAACCAGUGAUCUUUAUGGACCUAUUAUUUUGCAAUCACAAUCAGACUGGAUAAUCUCACAUCCUGAGGCUCCUCAAGACUUUGAGCAGUUUUUCAGUAAUCCCUACAGAAAGAUACCCUCUCCAGAGAAGCACAGUAUUUAUUUACUGGCCAUUGGAUCUCUAGGAAACACCAGAGUUAUCAGUGAAGAAUAUACUAAAUGGCUCAAGGGCUACUGUGAAGCAUUUUUCUAUGGCAUGAGUGUAAAACUCCUAGAACCGAUUUCUGUUUCUGCCACACGGUGUUCUUUUAGAGUGAAUGAUCACACACGCAAUUUACAAAUUCAUGCAGGGCAUAUCCUGAAGUUCUUAAAAAAGAAGAAACCUGAAGAUGCUUUCUGUGUUGUGGGAGUAACAAUGAUUGAUCUUUACCCAAGAGAUUCCUGGAAUUUUGUCUUUGGACAGGCUUCUUUGACAGAUGGAGUGGGGAUAUUCAGCUUUGCUAGAUAUGGCAGCGAUUUCUAUAGCUCACAUUAUAAAGGCACAGUGAAGAAGCUCCAUAAAAUAUCUUCCAAUGACUAUGCCAUUUUUGAUAACUACUUUAUUCCUGAAAUCACUAGUGUUUUGCUGCUGCGAUCCUGUAAGACUUUAUCCCAUGAGAUUGGGCACAUAUUUGGACUGCGACACUGCCAGUGGCUCACAUGCCUGAUGCAGGGCUCCAACCACUUGGAGGAAGCUGACCGUCGUCCUCUAAACCUGUGUCCUAUCUGUCUACGCAAGUUGCAGUGUGCCAUUGGCUUCAAUAUUGCAGAAAGAUACAAAGCACUGGUGAGGUGGAUUGAUGAUGCUGACACACCCAGAGCAACUCCGAAACCUAGUUGUGAAGAUAAUGUGCAUUUACCGAAACCUGUAGAGGCCUUUCAGGAUUGGAAAGAGUGGAUAAUGAAAUGCCUUGCUGUUCUCCAAAAAUGAGUACCUUCAGAUAGGAGUAAAUAAAAUAAAUAUUUGCACAUUAUGCUCUCA